AUGAAGAUUAUCGACCUGGCAAUGAGCACCAACUGUGCGAUUAUUCCAAUCGGAGGCGGUACUUCUGUGUCAAGUGCUCUCGAAUGUCCUGUCACAGAACAACGAGCUGUGAUCUCUAUGGAUAUGGCUCUGAUGGAUAAGAUUAUCUGGAUAGAUAAGGAGAACCUGACAUGCAGAGCGCAGGCCGGUAUCAUUGGACAAGCGCUCGAGAGUCAACUGAACAGUAAAGGAUUCACUUGCGGUCAUGAACCUGACUCCAUAGAAUUUUCUACCCUCGGUGGAUGGGUGUCGACAAGGGCCAGUGGCAUGAAAAAGAAUAAGUACGGCAACAUCGAAGAUCUCGUCGUUCAUGUAAACUUCGCCACACCAAAAGGAAUGAUUCACAAACAAUGUCAGGUGCCACGAAUCUCCAGCGGACCCGAUCUCCAUCAUGUCAUCAUGGGCUCGGAGGGGACACUGGGAGUGGUGACUGAGGUAACGAUCAAGGUGUUUCCUCUGCCCGAAGUGAAACGCUAUGGCAGUCUGGUGUUCCCGGAUUUCAACCACGGUGUAGCAUUUUUCCGAGAGGUUGCUCGACAGGUAUGA